AAUAAAGGGACAUGACUGGAUUAUUUUAGAAUGAAGUACAUUAGUAAAACUGAAGUACAUUUUUUUCACUGCGAAAAUGACCUACGGACCGGCACCGGCCCCUGGACCGGGGGUUGGGAACCCCUUCACUAAACUUUAAGAACUUUCUUAAAUUGUCAAUUCUCAUUCGUACAUUUUUUUUUUAGUUCUUUUGAAUAAGUCCGUCCAGAUAGUGCCACCUGGUGGCAGCGGUUUAGCGACACUACACCAAGAUUAAUCAAAUAUAUUUUGAUGAAAACCUCAUGAUUAUCAGGAUAAAAAACUGUUGCCUUCUUCAGUAUGUGGGAUAAUUAUCAUUUUUAAAAUGUUUCCUACUCGGUCGUCGUUCUGUUCAUUGAUUUAACCCAACAGUAAACGAGGCUUUCGGUUGAACUGCACCCCCUGGUGGUCUGGUCCAGUGUGUGAGUUUCAUUUUAUUCAUUUGAAGAUGUACUGAUGUAUUUGUCACUCUGCUGUAAUGUCUUUUCUGCUCUGGAUUUUGUAGCGUGUCGCUCUGCUCUUACUCUGAUGUUGUGAUUAUUAUUUAGACUCGAUGAUUCAGAUGUUUUUUUUUCUCGUUAGCGUAGCGUUGGUUCUGUCGCCGUUGCAGUCGAAGCUAAACAUAUUUGAGAUAUUUAUAUCAACAACAAGAAUUGGUUCAAAUCAUUUUCAAAUCAUCUUGUUUUUUUUAACAAUGCAAAAUCUUCAACUUUCUUGUUACCAAAGAUGGUUUUAUUUUGAAGGUCUGUAAUUCUUCACUUCCUCCAGAUUAUUUAUCACGUCUGUGUUUUCUGUUUGUCACUGAGCUUUAACCCAGACAAAGUCAGUGUGAGGUCCAUGUCGUAGGUUGAAUAGUGGGACCCAUGUUGGUUUGUCCACCGGUUCACCGUAGACCGACUAGUAACAUAUGUCACCGGACGCUAGCAGCGGACGCUAGCAGAGUAAUUCCUUCGAUAAGGAAUGAACUUUAGCAGGAGGAAUAUUCACUGCUCCUUCCGACUUUUGUGAUUUGUCAUUUUCCAUGUGUUUUGGCUGUGAGUUAAAUGAAAUAUUAGUUUUGUCGUACGACAUUCAUUUUAGGAGAUUACGCCAAAAAACAAACAAAAACCAACUGUCUACCUGCUGCUUGUCGAUGCUCCUCGCUGUGAAACAGAGGCCAGACUCAUCACUUAUGCAUUUUCCUAAGAAUUAAAAUGUGUUUGAUAUUUUAUUACGGGCUAAAUGUGGGAAUUAAAACUAAGGUUUGAGGAAAAUUUGAUGAACAAAAUGUGGCUUAAAUAUAUGUACAUAUAAACAUUUUAUAUUUGUGAUGCAUAAUAGUGUGUACAGUGUAAAGAGCAGUGGCAGUUUUAGUUUUUGGCAAUAAAGUAAUUAUAGAUGUUUCUAAAUUGUCCGGAUGUUUCCUUUGUUGACGAGAGUAAAGUUCUCCUCGUGACUGAACCCUGACCUGCCUCCUCACCUGUAGGUGGUGAUGAUGGGUUGUGUUGUGACCUUCUGUGUCAUGUCCAAACAACAUGUGGUUUUUUUUAUCGUAAUUUAAAGAACGGUCAUUUGAGUUUGUUUGAUGUCAAAACCACUGGAAAAACACGACGUGGAAAAUGUCCCCACUUUUCACGUGGACGGACGUUGGUCCUCACAGGAGCAUAAAUACAAGAACACACACACACACACAGAAAAUAAAAAUAUACUGUAUAUAAAUGUGUUUUAGAAUAAUAAUUAUUUUUUCACGUUUCUAACAAUUAACAAAGCCAUGUUCAGUUUUUUUAGUACUGAUAAAACGAUUUUUUUUUGUUUUAAAUAAAAAGCAUUUAAUAAAGAAAUCUUUGUCUUUUUAACUGUAAACACGGUUCUUCACCGUUGUGCUUCACCAGGCGGCGCUGUCUACCAACUUUCCAAUCGGUGUGAUCGUGUGCCAGGACGGUUUCAUAAAUAUUUAACCGAACCUUUUAAAUCUGUUCAGCCUCAGUCCCACUGGUCACUGCGGUCCACGCUGGCACCUUUGUUUGUUUGUUUGUUUGUUUGUUUGUUCCAUAUGCAGAGGAAUGAGAUUGACGCUGGCACAGCGCCCUCUGCAGUUUGCACAGCGUACUUCGUCUCGGUGCCUUCCUCUCUAAUUGGUGCCACAGAGAGAGGGCGAGGGACGCGUCCGCGGGAGCUCACCUGCUGUAACCCGACCGUCGUGACAGGUUGACGUCGAUGCGGCGGCGGCGACAGAUUCUCAGUGAACCGUCAGACCAGAGGUAGAGACCGAGGACAGACGUUCAACCGAGGACGCGCUGCCCACCAGGCCGAGACGGGGCUGCGUGGAUUGACGGACGGACUGAUGGAUGGACGGACGGAUGAAGGACCGGGUUUUAAGCCUCCUCCACAUGGACCGUGACCAACUACGAGCCUGGCGCCGCGUGGAUGAAUUCGCUGCACCUGUGAGGCGGGAACGUUGACUUUUGACUCGUUCGGAAAAACUCCGCUGCUGGACGUUCGAAGUUCCGUCCAAACCGUCGGUAAUAGUUGAAGAAUUUGAGGCCGGGGUGGUCGGUGAGCCCCUCCGUGUGGAGCCAUGGGUUGUACGGUGAGCGCCGAGGACAAGGCUGCAGCCGAGCGGUCGAAGAUGAUCGACAAGAACCUCCGGGAGGACGGAGAGAAGGCGGCCAGAGAAGUCAAGCUGCUGCUGCUAGGAGCAGGGGAGUCUGGGAAGAGCACCAUCGUGAAGCAGAUGAAGAUCAUCCAUGAAGACGGUUACUCCGAGGACGAGUGUAGACAGUACCGCGCCGUGGUCUACAGCAACACCGUCCAGUCUAUAAUGGCCAUCGUCAAAGCCAUGUCCAGUCUGAAGGUCGACUACAGCAGCUCGGCCAGAGUGGACGAUUCCCAGCAGCUCUUCGCCCUGGCGGCGGCUGCUGAAGAGCAGGGGAUUCUCCCCGAGGACCUGGCCAACGUGAUCCGACGACUGUGGAGUGACAGCGGCGUACAGAGCUGCUUCACCAGGUCCAGAGAAUACCAGCUGAACGACUCCGCAGCGUAUUACCUGAACGACCUGGAGAGGAUCGCCAAGGCCGAUUAUAUCCCCACUCAGCAGGACGUUCUGAGAACUCGGGUCAAGACCACCGGCAUCGUGGAGACGCAUUUCACCUUCAAGGAACUGCACUUCAAGAUGUUCGACGUGGGCGGCCAACGCUCAGAGAGGAAGAAGUGGAUCCACUGUUUUGAGGGAGUCACAGCCAUUAUCUUCUGCGUCGCCCUGAGUGCCUACGACCUGGUGUUGGCUGAGGACGAGGAGAUGAACCGGAUGCACGAGAGCAUGAAGCUGUUUGACUCCAUCUGCAACAACAAGUGGUUCACGGAGACCUCCAUCAUCCUCUUCCUCAACAAGAAGGAUCUGUUCGAGGAGAAGAUCCCUCGCAGCCCGCUCUCCAUCUGCUUCCCAGAGUACACAGGAGCCAAUAAGUUUGACGAGGCGGCGAGUUACAUCCAGACCAGGUUUGAGGAGCUGAACAAGAAGAAGGACACCAAGGAGAUCUACACCCACUUCACCUGCGCCACCGACACCAAGAACGUGCAGUUCGUCUUCGACGCCGUCACCGACGUCAUCAUCAAAAACAACCUGAAAGACUGCGGUCUUUUCUGAAGGACGAAGAGCAACAACCAGUCACAACUUUUAACGAUGAAAGACUCGAUGAACAAACGUCCACAGUCACCGACCUGCGACCAGAUCGAUCGCUGUGUCGAGCGAUUUAUUGUGUAUU